AUGCCUGUCGGAAAUGUCGAGCGUAUACUCAUAGAACUGCGGCCGCGACUGCAAAGUGCCAAUUUCUUCGUUUGUUUUAGUCGGGGCUUCGCGGAGAUCAAAUCAACCAAAAUCGAUCUUGGCUCAGACCGCAUCAUAAUCAGUACCGAAAAUGAUGAUGAAUCUUAUGAAAUUAAGUUAGGAGAUUAUUUCAAGCUACACACUCAAACGCUAAGCUCGCUGAUGAUCAAGAAAAAUUACAUCUGCUUCCGGAUCAACACAAAUGAGAAUAAGUUCCACUCAGAAGUGCUAGAAAUCAAUGAUUAUAGAGCAUGCAACGAGUUCAAGAUAGAGUGUGGUUUGCAGACGGGCGUAAGCUAUACGUUGGUGUGCAGCAACUGCGGAAGCCAUCUGCGAGACGAACCGGUUACUUUCAGGCGCAUUCUGGAGCUUCCUUCUGAUCACAUGGACAGUAACGAGUGGUACUGUCAUCGUCAUCCGCAUACAGCAAACGGAGUGUCCUCGAAUGAAGAAUGUUCCUCGAAACCACCCCAUCCGAACAAGUUUGCGCCGGCGGAGACGGAUUUGUUCUAUGCACCAUUCUAUGCGCUUUUAGCUAAAACGCAUCUGGACCGGGUGCAUCUGAAGGCUGAACGAUUUCUUUACUGCAAACGGUGUCUACAAUUUCUUGGCAUGAUGAAGCGAAGCGGUUGUGCCAAAUUGUGGUAUGAAAACUUGCGAUUUCUGCAGCGUGACGAUGAUGAGUCAAAUAAAAUCCAAACCAAUUCCUUAUGCCUGUUCCGCGUUGACCAAUCUCUAUCGAACUUUCUCUAUCUAGUUCGCAAAACGGUCAACGAGUUCAACUUCAUGUCACAUUUGGGACUUCCCUCGAUUUUUAAAAUAAUAUUUGAAAUGCGCCGUCCGGGACUAGAUGGUGAGGUUUUCCAUUUGCUGCUCCAAAUAAUGGACGCCAAACUGACCGUGUUCAAAAUACGCAAAACCCUGGAUGUGGAUUCCUCGGCUUCCAACGAACAAACAGAUGAGGAUGAAGAUGAGGAGAAUGCCGACGACAAGCCCGACGACGACGAUGAUGAAGUUUUUGUGUCGGCAAAAAAGAAUAAUUGCAACAACGUUUAUCUCGACCGAUACCAAACAAUGAAGGUCAUGUACCGGUAUGAGAAGUACGAUCAACAGCCGAUUGUCAAUUUUUGGCUCCAGGAUCCGAACGUGGUUGUUGUGGAGAUCUCGGAUCAAAUGCUCCGUGCGGCGAUUUGCUAUUUGGACACCAAUUCAGACUAUGUGCCAGAGUGCUAUAGACAUAACCUUGGAUUUCAACUGAGUUAUCUUGAUAUUACAUAGAGAAAUUUCAUAAUCAUA